UAAAUGCCGCACAACACAAAAGCACGGAAAUUCAAUUGCGUUCCAUUAAAAAAAGAACCUUGUCGAGCUACAACUUUUAAAACGUCUAGCUCUUUUUAGAGGGCUUUGCCCAGAUUGAAAAUGAAAACGCGUCAGUCUUGAAAACGCGCGAGUCUGCGCGCGAGGUUCACGCGAAUCUUUGUCCCCAAGUCCCUCCCCGUCAGAUAUUGGACAUAAAAGAAUAGAACAAGAUGGCGGAUCAAUCGAAGGGGACAAGUGAUGGCGUGCCAGGAGAUAUCAGUUUUAACAACCAGGUGUUUGACUUGAGCUUUCAUCCAAACAGAGAUGUUAUUGCUGCUGGAGAAAUCGACGGAAGAGUGACUGUGCACUCAUACUCUGUUGCUGAAGGGAAUCACCUGCUUCUAGACCUUCACCAUCACAAGAAAGCUUGCAGAGCAUUGUCCUUCUCAUCAGAUGGCUUGUACCUUUUUACAGCAUCUAAAGACAAGUCAGUGCAGGCUGUUGAUAUGAAUUCAGGAGCAGUUGCCCAUGUAAUUAAUAGAGCACACAGUUCCCCUGUUUACUGCAUCAAGGUUAUAACUGACAGCCUUAUAGUGACAGGUGAUGACAAUGGCUGUGUCAAGUUCUGGGACACAAGGCAAGCAGCGUGUGUAUUGACAGUAGCAGAUAAUGAAGACUUUAUCUCUGACAUGGCCUGUGAUGCAGAAAAACGGACGCUUCUAGCGACUAGUGGUGAUGGUACUUUGUCAAUAUUUAACAUUCGGCGUCAAAAGAUUGAACAACGGUCAGACAACAUGGAAAGUGAGCUUCUCUCAGUUGCAGUGGUAAAGGGUGGACGUAAAGUGGUGUGUGGAACUGGUGACGGCAUUUUAAACCUGUUCUCUUGGGGGGAGUGGGGAGACAUCAGUGAUCGUUUUCCAGGCCAUCCACUGUCCAUUGACUCUUGUGUGGCUGUCAGUGAGAACGUUGUCUGUACAGGCUCAAUGGACGGAAUUAUCAGAGCUGUUCAUAUUCUACCAAACCGUUUUGUUGGUACCGUUGGAGAACACGACGAUUUUCCAGUAGAGAGAAUGCGCCUCUCACGUGAUGGAGACAUCCUGGCGAGUUGUUCACAUGAUCAGAGCAUCAAGUUUUGGGACGUGAGUCAUCUUAAGACACUCCAUGUGGAUCCUGGAAGUAAAAAGAGGGACAAUGCCGUGGACAACACGGCAAAUGACUUCUUUGCUGAUCUUUAGUUUCUUCAACUUUCCGCAGUCAUCUCUUGAUUGGAAGCGGCAUGAAGAGGAGGAGGAGGAGCCAGGAGGAAACAGGAAGGGAGAAGACAUGAACCUCAUUGGAGGCGAUUUCAAACGCCUCCUAUUUGACUGAAAACCCUAAUUAUCGAAUGAAGCAACUGUGGAAUUUUACAUCGUAUGGCAAACGUGGAACAUUUAAGAAACCUUUAAUUGAACAGUGCUUCGCAAGAAAAUGUGGAAUUUGCUAAAAAGUGGCGGCGUGGCUUGAUUGAAAACCUUAAUUAUCGAGUGAAGCAGAUGUGGAAUGUUACAUCGUAUGGCAAACGUGGAACAUUUAGGAAACCUUUAUUAAUAAUUGAACAGUGCUUCGCCUGAAAAUGUGGAAUUUGCUAAAAAGUGGCAGCGUGGCUUGCAAGGGCAUGGAAAGGGGGCGAAGUACCAGCAUAUGGUUUGGAAAGAACUAGAAUGUGCCAUGGAUUCUGGGACCGUUGCUAUAGUAUCAGCUGAUUUAUGUGCACCUUAUCACACCAUCUCAAUGACAAAGAAUCAUCUCAUUUUCAAACCCAAUGCAAAAGGGAAAUGCCUUAACAUUGGGUACAUUGACUUAUUUUUUCGGUGGACGCCCAGUGAAGACGAAGAUGGGAAAGGGAAGGCUACAAAUAAGUUCUGCAAGCGAAAAGUCAAUGCAGAAACGUGGUAACAUACAAUUGACCUUACAGGGACGGGUGCAAUGAUUUUAAAUACGAUCUAACCUUUGGAAGUGAGGUGAGCUGAGGACUCGAUCCGCGGAUGUAUACACGAGAACCAAGCAAAGCGAUUUGGAAGGCGCGAUGUCGCACAAUCCGAUCUGUGCCUUUUUUCUCAUAUCAAAUAUUCUUGACAUGUAUAUAUGAUGUUAUACCAUGUCAUAGAAAUUAGAGCCAAUCAGAAUACAGGAAAUCCAUUGUGUGUUCGACGGUGUUUCAUCCAACAUUCCCAUCAUGCACCGCGCGUAUGUCGCAUAGAUUGUGUUCCCCUCUGUAUUUUCUAUGGCGUGGUAUAAGACAGUUAUGCAAUGCUCUCUCGUGCAAUACCAUGGAAUAUUUCCCACCUGUCACUUGUAUUUUCUUGGUAUACACAGGAGCCUUUUACACACGUAGAAACUACAAGUGACUCGUGGGAUAUUCCGUGAAAUACCACUCGAAAGCGUUCCAUAACUACAGGUAUAGUAUGUAUAGACAAGAUGCUGGAACUUGGAGCCCUAAUUAAAGCUCCAAUAAGCCAUUUGUUGUUUCACGUCGUUGCUAGGUGAUUUGUUUAUUAUUUCUACUUAACCAGUUACCUAAAUACAGCUUAUUAAAUACUAUUACUUUUUCA